ACUUGACUCAAGUCUUUUCUUUUUGACAAUUUUAUUGCAUUUAUACCACUUCCUCAAGGGCCCGUCACCCCGCAAAGUUGACUUGGAAACACCCACGGCCUCGGACAAGUCUGAACCUUGUCGACCAAAGAUUAAUAUUUGUUUGAAACGCACCCCCACCGACUUCAUAUCGGUCGCCGCCAAAGAAAAAUUCCCUGCAACCCGGAGCACCUGAACAAGCAGCUACCACGUCAUAUUGCGCAUGCCGUAACUUUUUCCAUUGCUCCCCGGCACAAAUCUUUUUGGCAGAUGAUGGACGCUCAGGUUGAGAAUGCCAUCGAGAUCGGUUUCAACCCGGCUGCGGACCAGAAUCUGAAAAGACAAGCCUUCGAUUUCUUAGGUCAAUUACGCUCCGAAUCCUCGGGAUGGCAGGUUUGCCUUUCCCUUUUCACCCGCACUCCUCGCUCCUCCGAAGUCGUUCGUCUCGUCUCCCUCGAGCUGGUGAAUAAUGCUAUUCAAAUACAACAGCUUGAUACACAGAGCCUAGCCUUCGUCAAGGAGAACCUGCUGGAUUAUUUGCGAAGGAUCUAUGGGGGUGCCAGCUCGCCGGAGGAGCUUGAUUCUGCAUCCAUUCAGAACAAGCUCACGCAGACAUUGACAUACUUGUUUAUGGCACUUUAUGCGUCAGGAUGGGAGAGUUUCUUUGACGACUUGCUGAGUCUGACUGGCCUCGCAUCGGGCUCCGGAGAAGGCAAUGUUGCGGGAACGGGGAUUUAUCUCCGUGCCCUGCACUCUGUGCACGAGGAGAUUGCGGAUCAAUUAAUGCCCAGGACUGCGGACGAGCAAAGGCGAUGCAACGAGCUGAAGGACUUGGUUCGAGCAAGAGAUGUUAGCAAGAUUGCAGAAUCAUGGCCAGUCAUUUUGUCACGGUGGCUAGAGCAGAAUGAUGUGAUUAUCGAAAUGUGCUUGCGAACCGUUGGCCGAUGGGUCAGCUGGAUUGAUAUCGCUCUCGUCGUUCGAGAGCCUUUGCUCAGCCAGCUCUUCCAGAUUGCGGGAAGAAACAAAGUAGAGGGUGUGGAUCGGGUACGAGAUGUGGCCAUCGACACUUUCACCGAGAUUGUGGCCAAGAAGAUGAACCCAAGCGACAAGAUCGAAAUGAUUAUCUUUUUGAAUCUCGGCGACAUUGUGGGCAAACUUAUUGCCAGUCCGCCGCUGCAUGACCUCCGUGAGACGCCACAAUACGACACUGACCUGGCCGAAUCAGUCGCCAAGUUGGUCAACAAUGCCGCCUUCGACAUCGUGAAGACGCUCGAUGGCGAGCAGGCUAAUGAACUCGCCAGAGGCAAAGCAAACGAGCUCCUGCAAAUCUUCGUUCCGUAUAUUCUGCGCUUCUUCUCAGAUGACUUUGACGAGAUUUGCUCCGUCAUGAUUCCGUCUUUGAUCGACCUCCUCACCUUUUUCCGCAAAGAUGCCAAGGCAAAGGGCGGACUGGACCCGAAAUAUGCGGGCAUGCUUCCACCUAUCCUUAAUGCCAUUAUUUCCAAGAUGAAGUAUGACGAGACCGCGUCUUGGGGUACCGAAGAUGAUGAGACAGACGAAGCGGAGUUCCAAGAGUUGCGCAAGAGGCUUCAGGUACUUCAGCAAGCUGUCGCUGCAGUGGACGAGGUUCUCUACAUUGGUGUGCUGAGCAAUGUCAUUGGGGAUACCUUCAUCAGAUACAGCCAGAGCCCUUCGCAGCUCAGCUGGAGAGAUCUCGACCUUGCCCUGCAUGAGAUGUUCCUCUUUGGCGAACCCGCCAUGAGAAGUGGCGGACUUUACCACAAGGGACAGCCAGCCUCGCUCGCUGCUGAGAGACUGGUACAGAUGAUGGCGCAGAUGGUUGAUUCGGACGUUGCCUCUUUCCCCCAUCCCGCCAUUCAGCUCCAGUACAUGGAGAUCUGUGUCCGUUACGCCCACUUUUUCGAAUACCAUGCUGCUUCGGUUCCCCGUGUCUUGGAGAACUUUGUCCGGUUCGUCCAUCACGAUCACAUCAGGGUGAAGACAAGAUCCUGGUACCUUUUCCACCGUUUAGUCAAGCAUUUGAGGUCGCAGUUGGGUGAUGUGUCCCAGACGGUCGUUCAAGCCAUUGGCGAUCUUCUAGUCAUCCGAGCAGAGUUGCCACCGGAAGGCUCAGGUGACGAUAAGUCGUCUAAUGAAGAUGAUUCCGCCGACGCCAUCUUCAGCAGUCAACUGUUCCUUUUUGAAGCCGUUGGGUGCAUUUCUUCAGUCGCUUCUGUCCCUGUUGAGCAGCGAGUUCUUCACGCAGCCACCGUCCUUAACCCCCUCUUUGCCGACCUUCAGACACACUUGGAACCCGCCAAGAACGGCGAUGAGCGAGCAGGGUUGCAGAUCCACCACGACAUCAUGGCUAUUGGCACUCUUGCCCGGGGUUUUUCGGACUGGAUGCCGGGAAGCACUACCACUACUUCCUCGGCGCCUCCAGAACAACUCUCAGAGGAGUUUGCUCGUGCUGCAGAAGCAAUCCUGGUGACGCUGGAAUCACUCAAAUCUUCUUUGGAAAUCCGCACGGCAGCGCGAUUUGCCUUUUCUCGGCUCAUAGGUGUGCUCGGUGCGCGCAUCCUCCCUCAGAUCUCACGAUGGAUUGAUGGACUGCUGCUUGACAGCUCCAGCAGGGAUGAAAUGACGACUUUCCUACGACUUUUGGACCAGAUUGUCUAUGGAUUCAAGGGUGAAAUUUACAAUGUGCUCGAUUCUCUACUUACACCCUUGCUGCAGCGAGUCUUCUCUGGGCUCGCUGAACCCACUAGCGGCACGGAUGACGAGGUUCAACUUGUCGAGCUGCGACGCGCAUACCUUAACUCCUUGCUCAUCAUUCUCAACAACGACUUGAGUGCGGUACUCGUCAGCAACGCCAAUCAGCAGACUUUCGAGACCGUCAUCACCACUCUGGAGCACUUUACACGAGAUGUGACGGACUUCCCUACGGCCAAGCUUGCGUUUGGCGUCCUUUCGCGCAUGUGCACCGUCUGGGGCGGACCAGACCUUGCAAUCCCUUCAUUCCCUCCAGCCGACCCAUCUACUCCCACCGUGACUUCUCCAGCGCCCACUUUCCCUGGGUUCGAUCACUUCAUGAUGACCAAAUUUUCUCCCCUCUGCUGGUCUCUCCCCACCAACCCAGCAUUCGAUCCCAAGGAUCCUCAGGGUAGACAGGUUCUCGGCGAGAUUGCUCAGUUACAGCGAACAAUCCUCUCCAAGACCGGCACCGAUUUCUUAGCCUACCUCAGGGAGGUCGAGCUUAGGGGAUUGGGUAUUGAGGGAGAUCCAGCUGAAGAGUAUCUGAGGGCCCUCAGCACAUUAGACCUCAAGGGUUUCAAACAAUUCUUCCAGGCCUUUGUCCAACGCACCGGCGCCUAAUCCAUUUUCACUUUGAUAAUUUCCUGUACCAUCACCAUUUACAUUUUCCAUCUUCUAAAUCAUCUUCCUCUCAUAGACGAUGGCUAUGGCGG